UGCACUUGAAACAGCCGGUGAUUUGUUUAAUUCCCAGUCAGAUCUCAGUUUUGGCUGAGAAAAGUAUAUUCAUCCAUCUUUAAAUGGUAAAAGAUUGAUUUUUAUGACGCUAAAAAAGGGUGUGGAGGCUGGUUUUGGCGUUGGUGUUGUAGCGUUGGCCGGAGCGUAGUGGUUGUUCCGUUUUUCCACAGCGCUUCCUGAAGGCGCCAUCGGUAGCCGUACAUUGUUAGGUUGAUUCUCCAGGGCGGUGUUUUGUCCUCCGGUAGAAGCCAACCGGCGACUCCUGCUCGCACUCAACCCGCCGAAACAUUGCUUGGACUCGGCCGUGAGACACUCCAGCUCCCCGGGCCGAUCAUGAAGGGGGGCAUUGCUGGCUGUGACCGAGCCCAGAAAGGAGGCUGCUGGUAGGCAUGGCGCGCCUGUGACGAGCCCCCCCUCACCUCCAGGAAGAGCAGCAACAUGACUGUUUUCAAGCAGGAGAAUGUCGAGGAGUGUUAUGAAAUUGGAGACGAGCUGGGCAGCGGACAGUUUGCGGUGGUCCGGCGCUGCCGUCACCGGAGCACGGGCGCCGAGUACGCCGCCAAGUUCAUCAAGAAGCGGCGCAGCAAGUCGAGCCGCCGGGGGGUGACGAGGGAAGACAUCGAGCGCGAGGUGGACAUCCUGAAGGAGAUCCAGCACCCCAACAUCAUCACGCUCCACGAGGUCUUUGAGAACAAGGCCGAGGUCAUCCUCAUCCUGGAGCUCGUGGCCGGGGGCGAACUCUUCGACUUCCUGGCAGAGAAGGAGUCGCUGAGCGAGGAGGAAGCCACUCAGUUCCUGAAGCAGAUCCUUGAUGGAGUCUUCUACCUGCACUCCAAACAGAUCGCUCACUUCGACCUCAAGCCGGAGAACAUCAUGCUGCUCAGCCGCUCGGUGCCUCACCCGCGCAUCAAGCUCAUUGACUUUGGCCUGGCCCACAAGAUCGACUUUGGCAACGAUUUUAAGAACAUUUUUGGAACUCCGGAAUUUGUAGCUCCUGAGGUGGUGAACUAUGAACCUCUGGGCUUGGAGGCAGACAUGUGGAGCGUUGGCGUGAUAACCUACAUUCUGCUGAGCGGCGCAUCGCCCUUCUUGGGCGAAAACAAACAGGAGACGCUCGCCAACGUGUCGGCCGUCGACUACGCGUUCGACGAGGAGUUCUUCAGCAGCACCAGCCUUCUGGCCAAAGACUUUAUCGCCAGGCUUCUGGUGAAAGACCCCAAAAAGAGGAUGACGAUUCAGGACAGCCUUCAGCACCCCUGGAUCAAGCCAAAAGACACACAACAAGCACUGAGCCGAAAGGAGUCGGCUGUCAACAUGGAAAAGUUCAAGAAGUUUGCCGCUCGCAGAAAAUGGAAGCAAUCCGUACGACUGAUCUCCUUAUGCAACCGCCUGUCCCGCUCCUUCCUGUCCAGAAGCAACAUCAGUGUGGCGCGGAGCGACGACACCUUGGAUGAGGAAGACUCCUUUGUGAUGAAAGCCAUCAUCCACGCCAUAAACGACGACAACGUCCCCGGUCUGCAGCAUCUGCUCGGAUCAUUGAACAGUUACGACGUCAAUCAGCCCAACAAGCACGGGACCCCUCCUCUGCUGAUUGCAGCAGGCUGCGGCAACAUUCAGAUCAUCGAGGUGCUGAUGAGAAAAGGUGCAGAGAUCAAGGCCAAUGACAAGAGUGGGGCCAACGCCAUCUACUACGCAGCGAGACACGGCCACGUCGACACCCUGAAAUUCCUCCACGGCAAGAAGUGUCCUCUGGACAUCCAAGAUAAGUCUGGAGAGACCGCCCUGCACGUGGCGGCUCGCUACGGCAACGUGGACGUGGUGAGCUACCUCUGCAGUAUCCGGGCCAACCCAGACCUGAGCGACCGGGAGAAGGAGACUCCUUUGCAUUGCGCCGCCUGGCACGGGUACUCUGCAGUGGCCCGGGCGCUGUGCCGGGCCGGUUGCCACGUGGACAGCAAGAACCGCGAAGGCGAGAGCGCCCUGCUGACAGCUUCCGCUCGGGGCUUCGUGGACAUCGUGGAGUGUCUGGUGGAGCACGGCGCCGACCUUGAGACCACCGACAAGGACGCCCACACCGCCCUCCACCUGGCUGUACGAAGAUGUCAGGUGGAGGUGGUCCACUGCCUCCUCAGACACCACUGUCAACUGGACCGGCAGGAUCGCCAUGGCAACGCGCCGCUGCACAUCGCCUGCAAGGACGGCAACCUGGCCAUCGUCGUGGCGAUCUGUGGUGCCAGAGCCGUCCUUGAUCUCCCCAACAAGUACGGCAGGACUCCCCUCCAUCUCGCCGCCAGCAACGGCAGUAUUGAAGUUGUCCGUCACCUGUGCCUGUCCGGAGCAAACACAGACGCCGUCACCAACGAUGGAAAGAGCGCCGAGGACUUGGCUUCGGCUGAGCAGCACAACGGGAUCGUCGCCUUGCUGGGGAAGCUUAAAAAGGACAACCACAAGCUGGGUUACAUCCAGCAGCUGCGGCCCACCAUGAUGGCCCAGCCGCGGGUCAAGCUGAAGCUCUUCGGCCAUUCGGCGGCGGGCAAGAGCACCUUGCUGGAGUCCCUCAAGUGCGGCAUCCUGCGCAGCUUCUUCAGGAGACGCAGGACAACCCGCAUGACUAACGGCGUGCGGCACCCCAAUUCUCCCGUCAACUCCAAACCCGCCGUGUCGGUGAGCAUCUCCAACCUGUACCCGGGCUGCGAGAACGUGAGCGUGCGCAGUCGCAGCAUGAUGUUCGAGCCCAGCUUGACCAAAGGCGUCCUGGAGGUCUUCUCGCCCGUGCACAGCGCCCUGUCCGCCGCCGACGACCAGGCCACCAGGGCCGUGGACAUCCAGCACGCCAGCAUCCACGGUGUGGGAGAUUUUAGCACGUGGGAGUUUUCGGGGAACCCCGUGUACUACUGCUCCUACGACUACUUCGCCGCCAACGACGUCACCGCCAUCCACCUGGUCCUGUUCAGCCUGGAGGAGCCGUACGAGACCCAGCUGAGCCACAUCACCUAUUGGCUCAACCUGCUCAAGGCUCUCACGCCGCCUCACGAAGACAUUGUUUUCGGAGGCCGUGUCCAGCAGCCCCUGGUGGUGGUCCUGGUGGCGACCCACGCAGACCUGGCAGACGUUCCCAGAUGUUUCUCGGGAGAGUUCAGCUACAACCGAGAGAAAGCUAUCCUCAAGGAAGUCAAGAACAGGUUUGGAAACGACCUGCAGAUCAGCGACAAGUUGUUUGUGACGGACGCCGGAGCCUCAAACUCCAAAGAUAUGAAGCUGCUUCGGAAUCAUCUCCAGGAACUGCGCUCCCAGGUCAUCUCGAGCUGCGGUGCCAUGACGCUGCUGUCCGAGCGCCUGCUGACUGUGCUGCCCGCCUGGAGGAAGCAGAGCGGACCCAACCAGCUGAUGUCAUGGCAACAGUUUGUCAGCGACGUCCAGGAGCAGAUCAACCCGCUGGUCAGCCAGGAGCAUCUGCGCAGCCUGGCCCUGCAGCUUCACAGCAUGGGCGAGAUCAACAUCAUGCAGAGCGAGACGGUGCAGGACGUGGUCCUGCUGGAGCCUCGCUGGCUCUGCACCAACGUCCUGGGCCGCCUGCUGUCCGUGGAGACGCCCAAGGCCAUCCACCACUACAGGGGGCGCUACAGGCUGGAGGAGGUGCAGGCGCUGGCGCCCGAGAGCGACCUGGAGGAGCUGCUGCAGAUCCUGGACGCCAUGGACGUCUGCGCCCGCGACGCCACCAACCCCACCAUGGUGGACGUCCCCGCCCUCAUCAAGACCAACGGCCUGCAGCGCUCGUGGACGGAGGAGGAGGAGGAGGACUCCAUGAUCUACGGCGGGGUCCGGCUGGUCCCCGCCGAGCACCUGGCCGCCUUCCCCUGCGGUUUGUUCCACAAGCUGCAGGUCAACCUGUGCCGCUGGAGCCACCAGCAGAAGCCCGACGAGGACGACGACGGGGAGGACGGCGACGGCGACAUCUUCCUGUGGACCAACGGGGCCAAGGUGAGCCAGGGAGGCGCGGAGGCGGUGGUCCUGCUGGUCAACCACGGCCAGGGGGUGGAGAUCCAGGUGCGGGGGCGCGACACGCAGCGGGCCAAGUGCUACGCCCUGUUGGACACCGUCUGCAGCAUCACGGAGAACCUGCUGGCGUCCACGCUCCCCGGACUGCUCACCGCCAAGUACUACCUGAGCCCCCAGCAGCUGCGCGAGCACCACGCCCCCAUCAUGGUGUACCAACCCAAAGACUUCCUGCGGGCACAAGUCCAGCGGGAGACCUCGCUCACCAACACCAUGGGGGGCUACCGCGAGAGCUUCAGCAGCAUCCUGGCCUUCGGCUGCGCGGAGGUCUACCAGCGAGGCGUCCUGGGACCCGACGUCCACAUCUCCGACGUGUCCCUGCUGGUCCGCAGGAAGCUGUGCCGCAUGCUGGACCCGCCCGACGCCCUGGGGAAGGACUGGUGCCUGCUGGCCAUGAACCUGGGCCUCACCGACCUGGUGGCCAAGCACAGCAACGGCACGCCCAACGGCGCCUCCGUCUCCGCCCCGCCGCCCAGCCCCACGGCGGCGCUGCUGCGGGAGUGGAGCGGGCGGGCGGGCAGCACGGUGGGCGUCCUCAUGCUCAAGCUGCGAGAGCUGGGCCGCCGGGACGCCGCCGACUUCCUCCUCAAGGCGUCGCCCGUGUUCCGGGUCAACACGGAGGGGCUGGGCGCUGGCGCCGCCAACGGGUACCCGCCCGCCUGCAACGGGGGCACGUCCUACAACUCCAUCAGCUCCGUCAUUUCCCGCUGACGCCGCUGGCUCUGAAUGUCCCCAAAGAGGAAGUCUCGUCGCGUUUUCCUGCUGCUCGUCAAACGUCCGCCACUCAAAUGUACUCACCUGGAGGACACGCCCCCUCAAAAGCGCCACGCCGUCACACAGCAUUUAAUCAGCGUGCCUUCCAGGCCC